AUGGUAUUUGCUGGAGUGGAUUUGGUUUUAAUGGUGAAAGAUGAAGUUUUCGGAUCAUUUGUUGAGCCACCUAACUCCGGAAUGGCACAAACAAUACGUCAGUUACGAGACAUUGAAAAGAAUGCUCUACAGAGCUGUUGAAGAUGCUCCUUCUAUUGAAAUUACAGAUGUUUUUGUCAUCGAAGUGUACUAUGGCAGGUUUGCUGAUGAAUUCUUGCAGCAGUUAGACAAGGAGUUGUGCAAAGUUAACAAUUUCUUCUUAGAAAAAUUAGCUGAAGCAGCCAGGAAGUUUUCAAAUCUUGAAUUCGAUCUUUCAAUAGUGAUUAAAAGUAGAAGGAAACAUCAAGAAAACAACGUAGCGGCGAAAAGUUUUUCAGCAUUUGAUGCGAACAAAGAAGAGUGCAGAGUGGCAAAGUCGCACAAGACACUGAGGGAGAUCAAGUUGGCUUUCAGUGAGUUCUACCUCAACCUGGUGCUUCUGCAGAACUAUCAGACGCUCAACUACCAGGGCUUCAAGAAGAUUUGCAAGAAACACGACAAGUUAACAAAGUCGAGUCGGGGUGCUCAGUGGUUCCAAUUGAACGUUGAAGUGGCUGCAUUCUACACUAGCAAGGAGGUCAACAAGUUCAUCAAGCAAGUUGAAGUCGGUACAUUCGUGCUGGUGUAUGAUGAUGUAUGCUACUUUUGCGCCCGCUCGCUCUGCAGCUUCUUUGUGAAAUGUUGAUACGUUUUUAAUUGCCCAAGUACCUUCCGAUAUUUAAAAAACGGCAUUAAAUGUCAUGCAGAGAAUAAUUGCGUUGAUGAAUGAAGCAGCUCGCAAAC